CCCUGUUCCUGCUCCUCCCAGCUCAAAGAUGGCAGCCAUGGGACAGAGAUGAGAGACGACACAAAUUUAGGAGUUUUGCCAUGAAACUGCAUUGGGCUGUACAAGUGUUACAUGCGUGUUUCUGACAUGACAGCGAUAUAAUUUGUCACUGCCAGCGCGUGGUCUCACGAAGACAAUUAAAUGAUUCAGAAAGAUCAUGUUUUCCUGUGGGCUAAGCUAGCAAGCAACGGUUAGCAAAUAAAUGAACUUGUCCCUUCUGCCAUACGAGAAGAAAGCAGCUGCUCUGCAGACGGUCUAUUGACAACUUGCAAGCUCAGAUUCAUCAUGGCCAUCACUCAGUUCCGCCUUUUCAAGAUCUGCACAUGUCUAGCCAGCUUACUUUCUUUCUUUAAAAAGUUGAUAUGCAGGAGUGGAAGGGGCCGCAAGCUCAGUGGUGAUCAAAUAACGCUCCCGACAACAGUGGAUUUUUCAUCAUCAGUACCAAAACAGCCAGAGAUUGAAGAAUGGAGCUCUUGGGAUGAAGAGGCCCCUACGAGUAUUAAGAUUGAAGGUGGCAAUGGAAACGUUUCCCCUACACCCAAUGAGUUAGACGAAGAGCCCGACUACUUCAAAGACAUGGCUCCCACCAUCAGGAAAACGCAGAAGAUAUUGCUGAAGAAAAGGGAGCCUUUGAACUACCCGGUGCCUGAUGGCUCAGCUGGUUUCUCCAGCAGACUGGCAGCCUCUCAGGAUAUGAUGACCUUCAGUCCACCGUCGGGUGAAUUGGGUGAAAUGGACAACUGGCAGGGGGAUGCAAAUGCCUGGGAGGACGAGUCUGAAGCUGCCUGGGAGGCAGAGGAGGUGCUCAGACAACAGAAGAUGGCUGAGAGAGAAAAGCGGUCCAUGGAGCAGCAGAGGAAGAAGAUGGAGAAAGAGGCUCAGAGGAUGAUGAAGAAGGAGCAGAAGAUUGCCGUCAAGCUCUCGUAACAUUUUAGAAAUGCUCAAUUUUGAGCCAAAGGGAUUGGGGGGGGCAAAGACACUAAAUCAUUCGUUACGGUCUUUAAAGUCAUCAAACGGACGAGGAUUAUCGCCCUGCACUAUUUAUCUGUUAGCAAACUGUCCUCCCUCUCCACUGUGUUUCCACCAGCAGCCAUUUUAGUCUGUUUUCCAGUUGCAGCAGUGUAAAAUGCAUCAUUCUUGAGGGCAGAAAACUCACCUGGUGUGCUCAAGUCAUUCUGGUCUUCAAGGGAAAGCUUAUACAAUCCAGUUCAUUAUAGGUUAAAGGUUAGAGUCAGCAUCAGAAGGCGCCAUUUAGAUUCAGAUCAACUCUGUCAGCUAGCGUAGAAAAAUGUUCAAUUUUGUUUUUUCCCAGGAACAUUUGUAAAUAAACAGGUACCUGUGCUACCUUUUGAAACUCAAAUAGGGAGUACAGUUCCUUUUCUUUGUCUUAUUUAUAACCUCGAUGGACAAAAGAGUGUAAUUAAUUUUAAGUGUACACCAGAGACAUCCCUUGGUUUGCUUGAUUAGUGUUUUUAUAUUUAUGUCUUUCAUUGUCUGAAAACAGAUUUGUUUUCUAAUGAAUAUUUCUCGAUAUUUCACAUUAUCUCCCUGUGCUGUGCAGCCCUUACUACACUGGAAAUCUGCAUUAAAGUGAUGGCUGAAGAUUUUCAAUACGAGUAUGGAUAAAUGACCAUAGACUAGAAUCUAGCCUACUAUAGCCAACUAUAAAUGUUAGCUGUGGGUUCCUAUGGUAAUCUCAUGGCUACUGAUCUGCCAUUCAUUCUCCUCCCCAGAGUUUGAUAUUGAAGAAAAAUAUCCAGUGAUCACGGCCUUGAUAUUUUAGUUUUUUUUAAUUUUGCUCUUAAAUAGUUGAUACGCUCACUGCACAGACGCUAUAAAACAUGGAUCACCGUCAGUGUAAUCUCAGGCCGGUUACCUUAUAAGAAAAUUAAAAAUACAUUCUUGCUUCUUUUCACAGAUGAAAGAAACUGUUUGACUACUGAACAUCCUGUUAUGCGUCGUCAUAAUGAAAUUACCAGUCAGUGUUGGAAAAAUUGGUGCCUGUGCCAAUAGGCAAGCGGUUGUCAUGGAAACAUUGGCAGGUGGAGGAAAAAAGCCCUUUUAUAAGUCAAAAUGUUCAGACAUGAUACAAUAUGUUUCUGGUCAAUGACUUGGGUGGAGGUGAGUGCAGCAAAUUUCUAUACUGAAUGUUACAUUUGGAAAAGCUUUGUAAGCUAUGUGAUGCUUCUAAAGAAAUACCAGGUCAAUAUGAUUUAUCAACACUCUGUGGUGGUGAUUCUGUUCAAACUUAAAUGAUAAAAUGACUAAUUAGUGCAUGAUCAGGUUGAAGAGUUUAAUUCAAAGCAGGUGUUUAUUUUAAGGGAAUGCAGCAAACUGUGGAUUUGUGCUUUCUUUGGAAAUGCUCUUUGCCCACCUUUCCUUUUCAUUCAGAAAAAGCUGCAUGUUGUUCUGUUUUGUCAUUUUGCACAUUUAAGUUUUCCAAAAAUGAAUCAAAGAGAACUCCUUGUCUGUCACCCAUUUUUUUUUCUUCUUCUCAUUGAUGUGUACGACUUCACAAUAUUAUAGCUGUUAUGGCUGAGCACAAACGAGUCCACAAGUUCAAUCAGUCCGGAGGGUUUGGCAGGUUGUAUUCCUGCUGUAUUAGUCCUACACAGGUUUUUAAUAAAAUGAUUUGAUUCAUACUUCUAGAGGUGAAUAACUUCA